UGCGACGCUGAGGUUUUCAAAAGUACUCUAUUCGUCAUAUCCUAAAGGCCAACAGAAAGAACGUGUAUAAUAUUUUCGGUGACAUAAAUCCAUUCGCACAGGUAUGCAUCACACGCCUUUCAAGAUAAACACACACUGUAGAUUUGUUUACGCCUUUUAACAUGUAGGAGGCGUCUCGCUUUUGAUAAAUAAGUUAUUAAAAGGGCAUCAAGCCUAUGAAGCGUUUCCAGUUACACAACAGAUUGUUUAGGUCGAACAAAGUUUGGUACAGUGUUGUUAGUAUAGAAUUGCUUUAUGCUCAGAACUAAUGGAAGGUGAAGGUGCAAUGCACUACUUACUACGAAAUGUGACUAGUUUGAAAGGAUUAUACAAGUUUCUUGUAGAAGAUAUAGCUGACGGUAGAACAAAGGAUUUACUAUUAGUGCAUAAUCCGCUAUGGUUCAUAUCAUGCAUUGGAUUUUACUUAUUGCUAGUGUGCCGGAUAGUGCCACAUGUGAUGCAAAACAGGAAGCCAAUGCAGUUAAAGCUACCCAUAAUCAUUUAUAACAUAUUCCAAAUGUUUGGCAGUGGUUAUUCCAUUUACCUGUUUUAUAAUCACGGUUGGACGUUCGACUAUUUCUAUAAAUGCAAAGCGCCUGAUUUUUCAGACGAGAAGGAUUCUGUAGGGUUCAUUUAUGCUGCAUACUUUACUUAUCUACUGAAGAUGUCUGAACUUGUAGAAACAGUAAUGUACGCCUUGAGAAAGAAAAAUACACAAAUCAGUUUCUUCCACGUGUACCAUCAUUGCUAUGCGUUAGUGACAUCGUGGGGCUUUGCGAAGUAUGGUGGAGGUAGCAUGCUCAGCUAUACAAUCAUCGUGAACAGCAUAGUUCACAUAUUCAUGUACUCAUAUUAUCUGUGUUCGAUAUUUGCGAACCAGAUUCCCUUCAGUUUAAUUCCUGUCAAAAAAUUUGUCACCAUACUUCAGAUGUCUCAACUGGCAACAGUGUUGAUAAAUUUGAUGUUCGCAAUGCUUCCAGGCUGUCCCGUUCCGGUGGGACAUUGCUUGUUCCAUGCUCCCAACAUGGCUCUUCAAAUAAAACUAUUUUAUGACUUUUACAUAAGAGCAUAUACAAAGAGGAAGGCGACUAAUGAAAAUAAAGCCUCUAACGAAAUAGUUGUGAAUGAAUCCAACAUAAUGUACAAAAGAAAAUAA